AGAAAGGGCCUGCCGCUGCUGCUACUGUGGGCUUCAACCUUCCUGCUGUAGUUUAUUUAGCAUAUGAGCCGGCUAAUUUAAACAACCUCGGUCGGUGGAGGUGAAAGCAGGAGCCGAGCUGAGACACCGAGCUGCAGGAGAACAGCUCCCCGCAGAUCCCUCACCUUAGCUGGGAUUAAAAAGAGACGGAGCGUCGGUGGAGCAGGAGGAGAAGAAGAAGAAGAAGGAGGAGGAGGUGGUGGAGAGAUAAGUCAGGCUCAGUUUGCUGUGUUUUCACUUCAAACAGGGUCGAAACUACAGGAAACUUUUUGACGACAAGCCUUAAAGGAGUGCGAGUAUGAGGUUGGAGCCACAGGUGUUGUAGGAUGAAGAGCCCGGCGCACCGCACCAGGGACAUCGAGCGGCAAGCUGGCUACCUGAAGCCCGAACACUGCGCCCCUCCCCCGCCCCGCACCGGCUCCGACACCAUGUGGUUCAUCCGCGACGGCUGCGGCAUCGUGUGCGGCAUCAUCACCUGGUUCCUGGUCUUCUACGCCGAGUUUGUGGUGGUGUUCGUCAUGCUGCUGCCCGCCAAGAACGUGUUCUACAGCCUCUUCAAUGGGGUGAUCUUCAACGGCCUGGCCUUCCUCGCCCUCGCCUCUCACGCCAAGGCGAUGUGCACAGACCCGGGAGCCGUGCCUAAAGGGAACGCAACCAAAGAAUUCAUUGAAAGUCUGCAGCUCAAACCAGGACAGGUGGUGUAUAAGUGUCCCAAGUGCUGCAGCAUCAAGCCUGACAGAGCUCACCACUGCAGUGUGUGCAAACGUUGCAUCAAGAAGAUGGACCACCACUGUCCCUGGGUGAACAACUGUGUUGGAGAAAACAACCAGAAGUACUUUGUGUUGUUCACAAUGUACAUUGCACUAAUAUCCUUCCAUGCGCUGGCCAUGGUGGCCUUCCACUUUGUUUUCUGCUUCGAGGAGGACUGGACAAAGUGCAGUAACUUCUCUCCACCAGCAACCGUCAUCCUCCUCAUCCUCCUGUGCUUCGAGGGUCUUCUCUUCCUGAUCUUUACAGCAGUCAUGUUCGGGACCCAGGUCCACUCCAUCUGCACCGAUGAGACGGGUAUCGAGCAGCUGAAGAAGGAGGAGAGAAGAUGGGCCAAAAAGUCAAGAUGGAUGAAUUUGAAGGUUGUGUUUGGACAUCCGUUCUCUAUAGCCUGGCUGAGCCCUUUUGCAGCACCCGACCACGGCAAGGCAGAUAUUUAUCAGUACAUAGUGUAAAAAAAAGCAGAAGACAAAGCUGAGCUCUGCUGCUUUGGACACACUGACUGAUCGAUCCUGGUCUGGUCCUCCUAUUGGCUGGACCUUUGACGAGCAUGAACUCCUCUUAACCACUUCCUUCUUUCGUUUAUGAAUAAUUGAUAUUUCAGGGUGUUCUGUUAACUGUAAACUUAUUGAAACACGUUUUAUUUUUUAAAACAUCGUCACCUUUCUCAUUUUAUGGUUUCCCCCUCCCCUUUAUUGGUGCUGACUGAGAUUAGUGAGGUGUAUCUCUACAAACCAAGCAGCGACAACUUGACACGAAGCAUUUAAGAGUUGGCAAAACAACAGAGACUUGAGCUCUGGCUUCUUAAGACAAAAAAAUUUCCUGCAGUAUGUCAGAUCAUUUCCAAGACUAAACAAUGUGAACUCAAUCUGGAAAGCAACGCAGUCUGGGUGCCGAGAUGCUCCCCAGGUUUGGU